GCCUUGUACGCAGAGAGCCAUUCAGCCAAACAUAUCGUUGGGCAGUCCAAGCUGGUUGUCAAAAGUUCAAUGAAAAAGCAUCAAGAUUCAGGUUAAGAGUUACCAUGUGAGUCGGCCAGAAUGUCUGGUGGUCCACCAGGUGGCUAUCCAAUGCAGGGGAUGCCAAUGCCUCCAGGAUACCCUGGAAUUGGCUAUCCAGGUAUGCCUCCUCCUCCUCCUGGCAUGCUCCCACCUGGCUACCCAAUGCCACCAGGAUAUCCAGGGCAUCCCUUUUUGCCCGCUGGAAAGGACAAGAAAGAAAAGAAGAAGGACAAAGACAAGUACUCUACCCCCAGAGACGAGACAACACACCAGAAAAUUGGAAAAAGACGGAAACAGAGUCGGAGUCACAUGGGAAGCUGGGGAACCACACGAAAGUCUCAGAGUCCGAGGAAACGGCGCAGACGAGAGAAGAGCGGCUCUUCGAGCGACCGAAGCAGCAGUAGCGGAAAAAAGAAAAAGAAAAGAAAGGACAAAAAAACUAACGAAAAAAGUCGCAAAAGGAGCUUAUCUGGAAAUCUGGAUGAUUCAGAGACUGCAGCACGCGCUCAAGCUGCACUUAGAGCCGCAGCAGCUGCCGCUGCUGUUGCGGGAGCAAAGAGGAGAAGUGCGUCUCCUUUAGCAGAAGAGACAGGUCGAAAGGAGCAAGAAGCUCCUCCACAGCAGGAGGACAUGGAAGAUCAGGAUUUGGCCAAUCGGGCUCGUGGCUUCAUGAGGCCUGAAAAGAUAGAAAUCCUGCAGCUCCCAAAAUCUGUCAUCGGCAGAGUCAUCGGCAAGGCAGGUGCCACCAUCAAGGACAUUCGUGAGCGCACAGGUGCUCGAAUAGAUGCCCGAGAUCAAACAGAGGAUCCUGUGCAGGUCCUUUUGAGCGGAACACUUGAAGCUUGUGAACAUGCCAAGGCAUUGAUCUUGGAAGUUGCAGACGGUGCCAUGCUGACAGGAGACGCUCGAGAGAUUGGACGAGAAGCUGCUGCAGCUGCCGCCGCUGCAGCUGCCGCUGCAGUCUCCGCCAGGGCAUCUGGAGGAACAGAUUCAAACACGCCUGCCGUUGAAGAACACAUUGAACUUCCAAGACAUGCAACUGGAAAGGUCAUUGGAACCAAGGGACAGCAGAUUGCUGAGAUUCGACAGAAGAGUGGGGCGCAGGUUGACGUAGACAAGUCUCCAACGGGCUGUCGAGUGCGCUUUGUGGGUACCCAAACCCAGGUUGACAUGGCAAAAGCGAUGAUCCAAGCCAUCAUGUCACCACCACCAGACACAGGAAAUGGUGAUUACCUCGAAAUCCCUCGGAGUGCGGUCGGACGUAUCAUUGGUGCUGGGGGUGCCCGGAUUCAGGAGCUCCAAGAACGCAGUGGCGCCAAGAUUGACAUUGACCGCCAGCCAGAUCGCUGUCUGGUACGCUUUGGAGGAUUUGCAGAGAGUGUCCAGCUGGCCAAGACGCUUGUGACAGAAGUGCUGGAAGGCAGGGAUCGCACUCAGCUGGCUGAAGCCGCUGCUACCAUGGAGAUCCCUCCCAGCGCCACUGGCCGCCUCAUUGGACCUGGUGGUCGCCAAAUCAAUGAGAUCCAGGAGAAGAGUGGUGCCAAGAUUGAUUUGGACAAGGGGCGUGACCCUUGUAUUGUACGGAUGACUGGGACAUCUGAUGCUGUCGCGGUGGCACAAGUCAUGAUCAAGGAGGUCCUGGGCUCCGGUUCUCUUCAGAGUCUCAUUACCACAGGGCAUGGCCAGCAGGACGCAGUUCUUUCUGCCUCAGUGGCACGUGCAGCUGCAGCUGCGCAAGCUGCCCGUGCCCAGGUUGCCUUGUCAGGACGCGCGACGGCUGGGGGCUGUGCACCGCGAGCAAUUGGUGGUGUAAGCGAUGAGGAGAGCAUAGUCUUCGACAUUCCCUUGCAUUUGGCAGAGAAGGUCCUUGGAGAUGGCUCUUGGCAGAAAUCCGUGGAGUCAAAGACGGGUGCUCGAGUGAUUGUCAGACGAGACGCACUCAAAUGCCAGCUGGAACUUUGUGGACAGCCUGAGCAGGUUGUUGAAGCAGAGUCGUUUUGCGAAGAGACUGUAAGGGUCAUUGCAGCCGGCAUGCCACCGCCACAGGAAAAGCCUUUGGCAGAAAGAAUACCCCUGGCCCUGCCGCCACCACCGCUCGCUGCUUCUUCUCCGUGUCCAAGCCUCAUGGCAGCAUCAAUCUUGCCAAGGCCGCCUUCGCAAGGUACUCCUCAGGGCGCGCCACUAACUCCUUGGGCAAAAGCAGGUUGGGACACUGCCAGGCCCAGUCAGCUUGGCACUGGUCGGUGCGUAUUUGUGCUGCACCCUGGUAGUGUAUAUCGGCGCUUGCCUGAGCGUUGUUCGCUCCCAUGACCCAGGC